GUAAACAGUAAGCAGCCUGUGUCAAUCAUAACGUACUUCCGGACUGUGCGUUCCACAUACAGGAAAUGAGUUUUCAUCGAAUACUGCAGCCUCCCAUUGUCCGUGGAGAUCAGGAGGGGGAGUAUAUAGAGGAACACAGGGGUCUGUACAAGGACGUGAUUAUGGACACUCACCGGCCCCUCACAUCACUGGAUGGGCCCAGUAACAGAGAUACCCCAGAGAGAUGUCCCCGUCCUUUGUAUUCCCAGGAUUGUACAGAAGAGAAUCACAGGAUCUCACAGGAGGAUCAGGAAGAACGUCUGUCUGAUAUAAAGGCAGAAGAUAUAGAGGGAGAAGAAGAGCCGUAUGUGACUGAUAUAAACGCAGAAGAUAUAGAGGGAGAAGAAGAGACGUUUGUGACUGAUAUAAACGCAGAAGAUAUAGAGGGAGAAGAAGAUACGUAUGUGACUGAUAUGAAGGCAGAAGAUACAGAGGGAGAAGAAGAGAUGUAUGUGACUGAUAUAAAGGCAGAAGAUAUAGAGGGAGAAGAAGAAACGUAUGUGACUGAUAUAAAGGCAGAAGAAGAGACGUAUGUGACUGAUAUAAAGGCAGAAGAUACAGAGGGAGAAGAAGAGACGUAUGUGACUGAUAUAAAGGCAGAAGGUACAGAGGUAGAAGAAGAGACGUAUGUGACUGCUAUAAAGACAGAAGAUAUAGAGGGAGAAGAAGAGACGUAUGUGACUGAUAUAAAGGCAGAAGAUACAGAGGGAGAAGAAGAGACGUAUGUGACUGAUAUAAAGGCAGAAGAUACAGAGGUAGAAGAAGAGACGUAUGUGAGGGGUGAUCAGCAGUGUAAGGAGGAGGAGAUCCCUACAGAUAUCAGCACAGCAGAUGGACACACAAGCAGGAAUAUCACAGAAGGACAUCUAAUGGUAUCCCCGGAUUGUGACAUAAAAGAUAAUGACAGUAGACCUGAUUCUCCAGGAGAUAACCCCAUUACCCCAAUUAUACAUCCAGCUCUAUCAGCUGAUCCCCCUGAUCAUGGGAAAUGUUCUCCUGAUCACUCUGAUAUUGGUGCAUCUGUUACAGCUCUGAGAGUAGAUACAGUGUUUCCAUGUUCUAUAGAUGCCAAAUGUUUUACACAGAACACAAAGCUUAUUACCCAUCAUCCAGCUAAGGCAAGUGAGAGGCCACUGAUAUGUUCUGAGUGUGGGAAAUGUUUUACACACAAAUCAGCUCUUGUUAUACAUCAGAGAAGUCACACAGGUGAAAAGCCAUUUUCCUGUUCUGAGUGUAGGAAAUGUUUUCCACGGAAAUUAGAACUUGUUACACAUCAGAAAAGUCACACAGGUGAGAAGCCAUAUUCCUGUUCUCAGUGUGGGAAAUGUUGUGCAUAUAAAUCAAAUCUUGUUAUACAUCAGAGAAGUCACACAGGUGAGAAGCCAUAUUCCUGUUCUGAGUGUGGGAAAUGUUUUACACAGAAAUCAGAUCUUGUUACACAUCAGAGAAGUCACACAGGUGAGAAGCCAUAUUCCUGUUCUGAGUGUAGGAAAUGUUUUCCACGGAAAUCAGAACUUGUUACACAUCAGAGAAGUCACACAGGUGAGAAGCCAUAUUCCUGUUCUGAGUGUAGGAAAUGUUUUCCACGGAAAUCAGAACUUGUUACACAUCAGAGAAGUCACACAGGUGAGAAGCCAUAUUCCUGUUCUGAGUGUGGGAAAUGUUUUGCACAGACAUCAGCUUUUGUUACACAUCAGAGAAGUCACACAGGUGAGAAGCCAUAUACCUGUGCUGAGUGUAGGAAAUGUUUUUCACGGAAAUCAGAUCUUGUUAUACAUCAGAGAAGUCACACAGGUGAGAAGCCGUACGUCUGUUCUGAGUGUGGGAAAUGUUUUGCAUGGAAAUCAAAUCUUGAUACGCAUAAGAGGAGUCACACAGGUGAGAAGCCAUAUUCCUGUUCUCAGUGUGGGAAAUGUUUUGCAUCAAAAUCAUAUCUUGUUACACAUCAGAAAAGUCACACAGGCGAGAAGCCAUAUUCAUGUUUUGAGUGUGGGAAAUGUUUUGCAUAUAAAUCAAAUCUUGUUACACAUCAGAGGAGUCACACAGGUGAGAAGACAUUUUCCUGUUCUGAGUGUGGGAAAUGCUUUACAUUUAAAUCAUAUCUUGUUAUACAUCAGAGAAGUCACACAGGUGAGAAGCCAUAUUCGUGUACUGAGUGUGGGAAAUGUUUUGCAUUGAAAUCAGUUCUUGUUACACAUCAGAGAAGUCACACAGGUGAGAAGCCGUAUUCCUGUACUGAGUGUGGAAAAUGUUUUGCAUUGAAAUCAAUUCUUGUUACACAUCAGAAAAGUCACACAGGUGAGAAGCCAUAUUCCUGUUCUGAGUGUGGGAAAUGUUUUGCAUAUAAAUCAAAUCUUGUUACACAUCAGAGAAGUCACACAGGUGAGAAGCCAUAUUCCUGUUCUGAGUGUGGGAAAUGUUUUACACAGAAAUCAGAUCUUGUUACACAUCAGAGAAGUCACACAGGUGAGAAGCCGUACUUCUGAAAUGUUUUGCAUGGAAAUCAGUUCUUGUUAAACAUCAGCGAUUUCACAGGUGAGAAGCCAUUUUCAUGCUGAGAGAUAAAUAAAUCCGCUCUUGUUGAACAUAUUAGACAUUACCGAAGUACGGGACCAUUUAAAUCUUCUAGAGUAUAAUUAUCACUGUCGUGCAAUGCUCCUCAAGGGUCAAUCCUAUCUCCUAUGCUUUAUAAAAUAUACAUGCUACCACUAGGUGAUAUAAUCAGACAUCAUGGCCUGGUCUGCCACUGCUAUGCAGAUGACCUGCUUUUUGCUCCAUGUACUGAGAACCUAAUACCAAUAAAUGGUUGUCUAGCUGAGCACCACGGGUGAAUGAUGCCAGCCCAGCAUUACAUGGUCCAAGGUACUAGAAGCAGCUUCUGCCUCCUUACUGCCCUGCUGGCUUCUACAUAUGAAGGACUGUUACCAGCAGUACCAAGAAUCUUCUGUCAUUCAUUUAAGGGUUGAACGUUUAGCUUUGCAGGCCUGACCAUGGAACUCACUACCUUGCACAGUCCAAGAGGCCUCCACUCUAAAGACUUUCACAAACAGGCUGAUGACUUAUUCACGCUUUUCAUUAAUGUACCUCUAUUUACUUCCUAAAUAAUACAUCCCAAAUGCUUAGGUCUUUUUUCUGCUGUUUUAUUUUGUAUCUUGUGCUUUGUGUAAAUGUGAAUGUCUAAUACCAGUUUGCACAAUCUGUAUUGCUGCACAACAAUAUGGCGCCCAUUGGAACGUGUUUUCAAUUCUAGUUUGCCUAACUUGUUGCUGACACUCAUCUUGAUAAGGAGUGUCGAGUGUUUUCUGAUACAAGAUCCUAUCCAAAUAUACCCUGUACAUUAUCAUGUGCAUUAGAGUCACCCGGGUUACAUCUGCGGUGGUUUGUUGUACGUUACAUCUAUAUGGUGCGGAUACUCCCCUGUAUGAUUUCAUAAUAAAAGCUUUUGUUUGCAUCUAA